GCCCUGUCGCUUCGGACGAAAGCUUGUCCCGUCGAGGACUCUCGUUCGAGUUUCGACGAGUAGUCACGCUUUAACUCGCGAUCCGCGAGGCGGAUGCUACCCCGGAACGCGAGUCGCAGGUGCAGGUGUGACCGAUGUAACACGAGCAUUAAAAUCCACUCCGAUCCUAGCUCCUGCACCCUGUGCCGGAUAUCCGUCGCGUGACCCUGCCGAAGACGUGGUUUCGAAACCGGUGACGAGGGAGCCAGGAGGCAGGUGCAGGUGUCAGGGUGUCGUCGUCGUCGUCGUCGUACGUUAGGUGUCUUUGUGUUUCAUUUUGCCUUUCCCUGGCAUUCGUCUCGCCACGUUUCGAUACGCGAUUCAUCCGUUAUUUGGUUAGAUAGUCGACCCUUUUGGACACUUGUGGAUCGAAGCUCGCGUAGGAGUAACAUGGUGACAGGUGUAUUUUGACCGCGGUAGUAGGUGGAAGGUGUCGAGGAUUUCUUAAUCAGAAGAGAUAUCGCUGCUUUGGAUACACGGCUUCGAUUGUUCGGAUUGACUUAGGUAAACAACGGUGUGGCACCGAUCAACUCGGAGAUUUCUAGGUCAACAAGCAGCGGCCAGAGGCAACCAGUUGCGGGUGUUAUCGUUCUUGUAACCCAAGCCAGCGGGAGACUGUGCUCUUUGUCGCGUGAAAGAAAAGAGAGGAGUUCGUCGAUCAUUGGCGAUAAUCGAAUAGAGGUUAAUAAGAGUUCUCGGAUAUCCUGGAGGAUUUAUACGAGAAGAGUCGAGAGGAAAGAGCGAAGGAAAUAAUUAGAAGAAGAUCUGAUCGUUCCUUAGAAAGAAAGAUCGCGGAUUUGUUUGAUUACGGUUACGAUUAUCGACGCGAAGGAACAGAAGCAAGAAAAUUUCGAUUAAUUCUGGAUAACCGACUCGACGUUCCGAGCGGGUCUCCUGUUGAUUAUACGCGCUAAUGGAUAGUAAUCGAUCUAUCAUCGAAUUUCGUUAGUUGGAUAGAUGUUGCCGAGAUUGUCUGUUCUCUCGAUUUACUGAAUAAAACGAAGGAACGAACGAAGGUGAAAAACGGAACAAAGAAAGAAACGUAUUAUCAGAGAGGGAACUGAAAUUAAUUGGAUUACAGGAAUGAUUAGUUAACCGAAUUAUAUCGUGUUUCUAUAUAUAUUCUUAUCGAUAUUUGUUAAUCGAAGAGAACGAUGAAUUAAUAUUAAGGCCUAACUAAAGAUUUAAGUUUGAUAACGAUCCUUUCAAGUGUCGUCGAUUACGAGAUAGAGAUUCGGUGAUAAUUCGAGAAGAAGAUGGUUCGUAGAUGUACUUAGCGCAAAGAUAACAGCCUUGAAACUUUUCCACGCGGAUCGGAAGACCAAGCCGAGCGAGCUAGGCAAGAUGCUCUAUGCCCGACAGCGUGACUACAGCUAAAAGGUCGUGAUCGAUCGACUUACUUCGAUGGCCUAAAAGAACUUUAAACGUGCAAGGUCAUUAUGCAUAGCGAUAAAACGGGAACGUUAUAAGGCACAGACAAAUUGGUCGGUUCGUUUGACUGCUAAAACCGGCACUGACCGUGUCACUUGAAAUAACUAACAGCAAACAAACUUUCAAAUCCAUUCCACGAUCUCUCGAAAGAAAAUUUGUUAAAGACAGGACACUGCACUGUAACAGAUGAGAUGAUGCGAUAGCAAAAUAUCCGACCAUUUGCACAAUGUCGUGUCAAGGAUAUUCGAAUGAUCAGGAACCUAUUGGCAUUAGCGAAAUGUGCCGCGUUGAUAGCGAGAUCUCCCCCGAGUUUUCACAAAAUUUCCAUGAGACUUCAAAGGCACCGUCGUGUUUGGCGGAGCAACGAUAACGGAGGACCGUUUUGCCGAGGUCCAGGUCUAUUUCAUUUCGAGAGUCUAAAGCAUCGGACUGAUACGAUCAACGAAAAACCGUAGAAACGUAUCGUUCACUUCCACAUGGUCCUAAGCAGUGUGCAUUCUAAAACCAUAUCCGCUCAACGAAAAGUGGAGGUCCUCCUCCCAUUAAAAAAGAGCCUUUUUAAUACGUUCAGCUCGAAAAAUACCGCAAAACUCCGUGUUCAUCGAAUGACGCAGCUCGCUAAAUGAGAUUACCGAAGAAAACUGUGCUUCGAUCGAACGGUCCAAAGAUCUGCUACUUGCUCUCCAUGCGAGAGGUGGCUCGAAUUGCGGCCUCGCGAUCGAGCCUACCCCUGACCCCUCUGUAGCCAAGAGACAAAAGCUGCCGUGGCCGAUGCUCGAUGAGUCCUAGUGAAGAUAAGGAUCCUCGAGAACUCUCGAUCGUUUCUCUGGAACGGCUGAAGAAGCUCCGGUUGGCACCUAUUUGAGAGCGGUCGGGUGAUGCGCGGGAGCAGCUCUGAGCUCCUGCUGGAGGCGAGCUGCGUCCAGUGUCAGAGCGAUCAUCACGCCGACCAGCACACCGGCACCAGGCAUCACCAGCAACAUCAGGUGAACGAGAAACACGACUUCCAGGAGCAGGAGCUACGUCGUCGCAAGCUGUUGGAGCUCGGGUUCGGCGCUUCGCGGCGCCGACCGCCACGGCGUACCUGCCGUCAGCGGUUCAAUUUUUAUGCAACGUCGGCGUUGGCCUUCGUCGCGACAUCCGGUGGCGCGGCCUUGCUAUUCUUGGUGCCACUUUACGUCGAUCCGGCGAUCAGCACUCUGGCCGCCGAUUUCUCGCCGGACCCGGUCAUCUGCACCACCUCCAGACGGGAGGAGUUGGCCGGAUUGUUCAAUUGUACUUGGAGUUCUUGCCGCGAGGGUUGUACAAGCGACGUUUACAGAUGUACGCAUAUAUACGUCACCUACACGCCAUGGAGCAACGCGAGCAUGAAAAACGACACCGGGGGUAGAGGCAACUCGACCGGCAUCGCGCACACCUCGACUACUUCCGUGCCGACUCCCGGCGAUGUGGAGGCGGUGCUCCUGGUGAACAUCAAAGGGUGCGGCUAUCCGCCGAUCGUCGACUGCGAGAACUUCACCCGCGAAAUGGGCUACGAAGGCGCGAAAUUCCCCUGCCAUUACAGCCGUGUGAACGGCAGCAUAGUGAUGGCGAACUAUAACCGCGAGGCUCAGGUCACCACCAUCAUACACUUCUUCGCGGCGCCUUUCGUAGUGACUCUCGCGACCAGCGUCGCUCUGUGUGUGAUGCACUGUGACUGCAGGUGCAGCCCACCCCCACGCCAUUCAUCGCGAGGAAUCAGAAGAGGCAGGGGCAACGAUCUCAGAAUCGACUUAUGUAAAUUCUGCAACAUACAUAUCGGCCGUUAGAACGUCACUGUUAAUAUACUCGGUGUGAGUAUACACCAGCUUGGUCUACUUCCAUCGACAUUGCCAAAAUCGUCUGACUCGCGACCAUUUGUGUCGUCGGUAAGCAAUCGGGAUUUAAUUUCAAACUAUUUAUUUCAGUAGAAUCACGUGUGUACGCCUCGAGAUUCUGUUUCUUUUUUCUCUUUUAUUUUUUCAAUUUUUACGGUGCUUAAUUUCCUUGUCUUUUCUUUUGUUUUUUGUUUUUACAUGUUGCAUGGAUACACGAGGAUAAAAAUGCACAAUUUUUACGACGAUUGAUUCGUACUGAGUUGUACGAAAACUGCUCGAAAUUUGUUAAUUUAAUAAACAAUGAUUAAUCUUAAUUUUGAAACUUUUUUUGAAAGAAAUAUGAAGAGAGCAGAAUUAUAUUUUUUAUAGUAAUAUUUUCUUCGGAUAUUAAUUUUUAAUUUGUGUCUUUUAUAACUAAUAGCUUUAAAAUUCAAUAUUUUUAAUAAAGUUUUCAAACGAUUUAAUGAUACUCUAAAGUAAUAAAAAAGUAAUACAUCUUUUUCAUCGAAAAAUAUUUCUAUAUUAAGAGGCAAUGAUAAAAAAUAUCUAAAAUUUUUACUAUACUCUAUCUCAGAAGAAAGUAAAAAAAAAUAAAUAAAAAAAAAAGAAAUAAAGAGGAAACUAUAGUCGGACACAAUAAGUUUUGAGCAUUUUUCGUAAUACACAACACACAACAGUUUUGCAGGAAACGUCGAGUUCGUUCAUUAACGCGGGGCCAAAAAGUAGACAUUAACGUUAACAACUCCCAUACUCUCUAAGCGCGACCUAUUUCGAUGCUAGAUUUCACUUUUUCGAGCAUUUACAGCGUAUACAUAUACAUAUUUAUAUAUAUAUAUAUAUAUAUAUAUAGCUUUUCGAAAAUUGUAAUCAUUUAACAAUCGAAUCUAUUAGAUUAUUAAAAAGGAAAAAAAAUCCACACGUAUUUCCAUUUUUGUACUGACAAAAAAAAGAAAAAAACAAAGAAAAAAAUACAGAUAAAAUUCUCUCUCUCAAAAAAAAAAAAGAGGAACGAAUCAUGCGUCUGAGAAAAUCGAAUAAGAUCGAUCUCGAUUGCGAUCUGCACUUCCCGUUAACAAAAUAAAAUUCUAAUGAUUGCGCUUGUGUUUUCGCUAUGCUUUACAUUGCUAUAUGUCUAAACACUCAAAAAAAUGAAAAAAAGAAAAAAAAUAAUAAAAUUGAUUCGUGAAAUCGAGAACUGAAAAUUGGAAGAAAAAAAAAAGAGAGAGAUCUGCAACUUGCGUAUUUUUCUUCAGAUCGGUCUUUCGAGCACAGAUUUAACGUUAGGAAUGCAAUCGAGGAUGAAAAUUCGUCGUUGAAAAAGAUUGCGACUUUCAUUGGUAUGCACAGAAAUCGAGACAGGAGGCCAUUGUCUUGGCGCGCGCGAGCUACCGGAACUUCUAGUCGUGAUGCACGACUGCAACCGGAACAUCGUGAAGAUUUGAACUCUCUGGUAAAAGUUCUCACAGAAGUUGAAAAUGCAAAUUCCUGGUAAACGCGCUGAAGCGGAAUUUUUAAGGGGAAGGAGAAGAAAGAAUUUUUCUUCAGGGUUUCGACGAACGAUGGCGAAUAUUAUAUUUGAAUGGCUGUAUGUAACUGUGGUGUAUCAUUGGAUGUAAUAAAGGAAUUGUACAGAGA